AUGACGAGCUCGACCUCAGCCCUGCCAGCUUCCCCUCAAUGUCACCGCUCAGCGCCAGGGCCGACGACCGCCGCGCCGACGCCCGGGACCGCCCAAAGGCGGCGCCGGCCCCGGAGCCCGCCCCGUCACUGGAGCGGCCCCACGCCGGCGGGGUCGCAGCCCCGCUCGUCAUCCCUCCUCCUCGCUGCAUUGGCCGCCGCCGCUGCCCUCGGCCUUUCCAAUAUGGCGGCGCCCAGCGCGGCGGCGAGCUGCGAGGACUUCGCCGAGUUCCAGGAGUUGCUCAGGGUGAUGAGGACAAUUGACGACAGAAUCGUCCACGAGUUAAACACUACAAUCCCAACAGCUUCUUUUGUGGGGAAAAUUGAUGCCGGCCAGACAUGUAAAGAGCUCUAUCAGUCUUUGACAGAUGCUCACACCAGCAGAGAGAGGAUCAUCAAAAACUGCAUCGCUCAGACGUCCAGUGUAGUGAAGGCUCUCAGAGAAGAGAGAGAAAAAGCCCAGGAUGAUGUAGCAUUAUUAAAGCAACUCAGGAAAGAGCAAACCAAGGUCUUUAACGAGCGGUGCCGAAUUCACUACAAGCCUCCGAAGAGUCAAUGAGGUGGGGUGGUGUCCAUCAAGGUGGUCCACAACCAGGAGAGCCAAACUGGAAAGAGGUCUUGGGUGAGCUGUGCUGGAACCCUCCAGAACCAGUGGAACCCAGUCUUGUUUUGGACCUACUUAGCUGAAACCUCAAGUCUGAAAUGAUUUUCCUGUAAUCAAGAGCAAACAACUCAUCUUUUGUACAAGCUGCCUGACACAAAUGAGUUUUAUAGUAUUAAAAUCAUUUUCAAAUGGAAUGGGAAACUGGCAUCUUUCUUGGAGCUGUACAGCUGCAGCAGUCCUGCAGGGGAAGGAACAGUCAAACCCAGCA